CAUACAAAGCCUAAAUCUUUUUAUCAGUUCUCAUCUCAGGACAAGUCCAUGGCGGCGAAAUCUAGCUUUUAGUUACUUGUGUAGGAAGAAGCAUAGGAAGAUUCAAACAAGCAAAGGUAAGAAAAAUUCCAAAAAAACGCAUACGUUAUCAGACAAAGUCAUCGAGGGAAGUUACAGAACGCCAAUUCUUGUGGUGAUCUGUCUGAUAAUACUACUAAACGGGCAGAGCAGCUCUUUCGCACGAGCUAACGCGGAGAAGAAGGUUCAUAUAGUUUACUUGGGUGAGAAGCAGCAUGAAGAUCCGAACACUGUCACUGAAUCUCAUCAUCAGAUUCUGUGCUCUCUUCUUGGAAGCAACGAGACUGCACAUAAAUCUAUGGUGUAUAGUUACAGACAUGGCUUCUCGGGAUUUGCGGCCAAGCUUACCGCGUCACAAGCCAAGGAACUUGCCGAAUUGCCUGAAGUUAUUCAUGUCACCCCGGAUAGUUUCUACCAAGUGGCGACUACCAGAACUUGGGAUUACUUAGGACUUUCUGCGGCCAAUCCGAAAAAUCUUCUCAACGAAACAGACAUGGGCGAACAGGUUAUCAUCGGUGUCAUCGACACAGGAGUGUGGCCAGAGUCUGAAGUGUUCAACGAUAAUGGGAUUGGGCCGAUACCGAGCCGUUGGAGAGGAGGCUGCCAAUCUGGAGAGCUCUUCGACCCCUCAGCUCAUUGCAACAGAAAACUAAUAGGAGCCAAGUACUUCAUUGACGGAUUUAUCGCCACUUUCGAAACAUUCAAUGCCACGGAAACAGUAGACUACAUUUCCCCGAGAGACUACGAUGGCCAUGGCACACAUGUUGCCACCAUUGCAGGAGGUUCUUUCAUUCCUAACAUUAGCUACAAAGGACUGGGUCAAGGUACCGUGAGAGGCGGUGCACCCCGGGCCCGUAUAGCGGCCUAUAAGGCAUGCUGGUAUCUCGAUUCGCUAGAAUCGGCUACUUGUUCGUCGGCUGAUAUCUUAAAAGCAAUGGAUGAAGCUAUAAAUGACGGGAUCGACGUCCUGUCAAUCUCUCUUGGAAUCCGAGUUCCUUUGCGUCUAGAGACCGAUAUGAGCGACGGGAUAGCCACAGGAGCAUUCCAUGCGGUCACAAAGGGUAUUACGGUCGUAUGUUCUGGAGGUAAUGCUGGCCCAGCGGCUCAGACUGUCGUGAACGCUGCUCCAUGGAUCUUGACAGUGGCUGCAACCACUCUAGACCGGUCUUUCGCCACAGCCAUUACACUUGGGAACAACUUGACAAUACUGGGCCAAGCAAUGUACACAGGACGAGGACUCGAUUUCACUAGUUUGGUUUACCCUGAGGACCCGGGAAACAGCAACGAGACGUUUAGCGGAACCUGUGAGAAUCUCAUUCUGAAUAGCAACAGUACCAUGGCUGGAAAAGUAGUGUUGUGUUUCACAACUUCAACACGUUACAGUGCUGUCGCAACCGCUGUACGGUAUGUGAAAUGAGCCGGUGGUCUUGGUGUGAUCGUGGCAAGAAAUCAAGGCAACAAUCUAGCUCAAUGUGAUGAUGAUUUUCCUUGCGUUGCUGUUGAUUACGAGCUAGGAACCGAUAUUCUGUUCUACAUUCGUUCAACCGGGUCACCUGUUGUGAAGAUUCAACCUUCAAGAACCCUCGUUGGACAACCCGUGGGGACAAAGGUCGCCGCUUUCUCAUCGAGAGGACCUAAUUCGAUCUCUCCAGCCAUUCUCAAGCCAGAUAUUGCAGCACCGGGAGUCAACAUAUUAGCGGCGACUUCUCCAAAUGAAACUUUCAACGAUGGAGGCUUCGUAAUGAUGUCAGGAACAUCAAUGGCAGCUCCCGUGAUUUCAGGAGUUGCUUCACUUCUCAGAGCUUUGCAUCCUGAUUGGUCUCCUGCUGCUAUUAGAUCAGCUCUUGUCACCACAGCUUGGAGAACCGAUCCGUAUGGAGAGCCGAUUUCUGCGGAAGGGUCACCUCGGAAGCUAGCAGAUCCGUUCGACUAUGGAGGAGGCCUUGUGAAUCCAGAAAAAGCUGCAGAACCCGGUCUUGUUUACGACAUGGGCAUCGACGACUACAUCCUCUACUUAUGCUCGGCUGGUUACAACGACUCCUCGAUCUCUCAACUUGUCGGAAAAGGAACGGCUUGCCCGAACCCGAAGCCGUCCAUUCUUGAUCUGAACUUGCCUUCGAUCACCAUUCCAGACCUCAGGGAUGAAGUCACUCUCUCAAGAACAGUCACUAACGUUGGACCAGCCGACUCUGUCUACAAGAUCUUGGUGGAGAAUCCGCUGGGGAUCGACGUUGAGGUGAGACCAGACACUUUAGUGUUCAACAACUCCACGGCCAGAAGGGUUGCCUUCACGGUCCGAGUCUCGACCAAGCACAAGAUCAACACUGGUUUUUACUUUGGGAGUUUGACUUGGAGUGAUUCUGUGCAUAAUGUGACCAUUCCUGUAUCUGUGAGGACACAGAUUCUCCAGAACUAUUAUGAUGAGAACUGACCUUUCAUGUGCUUUGUAAAUCAUCGAUCGCUUGGAUUAUCUUAUCUGUAAUAAUUUAUUAUUAAUAAAUUGAUAUAUUUUUUAGUA